CCAAAGCUGUACCGGCGGAGGGAUACACUACUCAAAUUGAGGCAUUGCACACCGGCGUCGCUGGAUUGAGGUUUCCGGGGCUGCUCUAGUGCAACAUAAGGAUACAGUCUUCACAGAUAUACCGAACCAUAUGUUGUAAUAAAGUGUGAUAUCAUUUAAGUACUUCAUCAGAGUAACUGUCUUCGAAGUAAGGUCAAUACAAAACCUUACAUUGGGCGUUUUGUCAUCUUCACGGAGCUUGAAACUUCAAAGGGACAAUGGCUGAUCAGCUGACUGAGGAGCAGAUUGCUGAGUUCAAGGAGGCGUUCUCGCUGUUUGACAAGGAUGGCGAUGGUACAAUCACUACCAAGGAGCUUGGGACUGUGAUGCGCUCUCUGGGACAGAACCCCACUGAGGCUGAGCUGCAGGACAUGAUCAAUGAGGUGGAUGCAGAUGGUAAUGGUACAAUUGACUUUCCUGAGUUCCUGACUAUGAUGGCCAGGAAGAUGAAAGAUACAGACAGUGAGGAGGAGAUCAGGGAAGCGUUCAGAGUCUUUGACAAGGAUGGGAACGGCUACAUCAGUGCAGCCGAGCUACGGCACGUCAUGACCAACUUAGGGGAGAAGCUCACUGACGAGGAGGUGGAUGAGAUGAUCCGCGAGGCUGACAUUGAUGGCGAUGGUCAAGUCAACUAUGAGGAGUUUGUCCAAAUGAUGACUGCCAAGUGAAGAGAACCCUGAAAUUUCUCUCAAAGUUGCUUGUCCUCCUAAGAUUACUGUCUUUAAGAACCAAAAAA